ACACGUCCCACCAAUGUACUUGUUACGAGUACCAAGCCUACUGUACAAAUCCUGACACCAACCAAGGCAUGAAUUGGAUUGACGCAAACAAGUAUUGUUUGUCACUUCCUGGCGGUGUUGGACUCGCUACCAUAGACAAGAAAGGUACUCAUAAAGGCAUCAAGAAAUCUAUUCCUCUUGAGUGGAAAGGCGAUUUGUGUAACUGGGGAUUCUGGAUUGGAUUCAGAGAUAUGAGGAAUCCACCUCGACUACCAAGGCACAAAAGACAUCCCGAGUACUUUUCAUGGUUCUUUCAAAUGUGUUCUUAUUAUGAGGAUUGGGCAGUAGAUCAGCCUAAUGACAACCACAGUAAUGACGAAGAUGGACAAAACUGUGUUCAAUUGUGGUACAAACCAGGGAGAAAGGGUGCAUAUGACGACGAGUACUGCUCUGAAAAGAAGGGAUUUGUUUGCCAGAUAGCAAAGG